GCGGUGGCCAUUGGCCCAGAGGCGGUCCAGGGUGGGGUCUCCGUGCGCCGCUUCCAGCUGGGCCGGGCGAGUAGAGGCGUCCGCGGGCCGGGGCGACCCGGGCAGGGAUGCAUCGAACCGGCUUGGCCAUGGCAGAGGCGCCACUGAAAGUGUGCAUCGUGGGCUCGGGGAACUGGGGUUCAGCUGUUGCGAAGAUAAUUGGUAAUAAUGUUCAGAAGCUGCAGAAGUUUGCCUCCACAGUGAAGAUGUGGGUCUUUGAAGAAACAGUCAAUGGCAGAAAACUGACUGACAUCAUAAAUAAUGACCAUGAAAAUGUAAAAUAUCUCCCCGGACACAAGCUACCAGAAAAUGUGGUUGCUAUCCCAAACCUCAGCGAGGCUGUGCAGGAUGCGGAUCUGCUGGUGUUCGUCAUCCCUCACCAGUUCAUCCACAGGAUCUGCGAUGAGAUCACGGGUAGGGUUCCCAAGAAGGCCCUGGGCAUCACCCUCAUCAAGGGCAUCGAUGAGGGCCCCGAGGGGCUGAAGCUCAUCUCUGACAUCAUCCGAGAGAAGAUGGGCAUAGAUAUCAGUGUGCUGAUGGGUGCCAAUAUAGCCAGCGAGGUGGCUGCCGAGAAGUUCUGUGAGACCACUAUCGGCAGCAAAAUAAUGCAGAAUGGCCUGAUCUUCAAAGAACUUCUUCAGACUCCCAAUUUUCGCAUUACUGUGGUGGACGAUGCGGACACGGUGGAACUUUGUGGUGCUCUUAAGAAUAUCGUGGCUGUGGGAGCUGGGUUCUGCGAUGGCCUCCAAUGCGGAGACAACACCAAGGCUGCCGUCAUCCGCCUGGGCCUCAUGGAAAUGAUCGCUUUUGCCAGGAUCUUCUGCAAGGGUCAGGUGUCCACCGGCACCUUCCUGGAGAGCUGUGGGGUGGCUGACCUGAUCACCACCUGCUAUGGAGGACGAAACCGCAGGGUGGCCGAGGCCUUUGCCAGGACUGGGAAGACCAUCGAAGAACUAGAAAAGGAGAUGUUGAAUGGGCAAAAGCUCCAAGGACCCCAGACAUCAGCUGAAGUAUACCGCAUCCUCAAACAAAAGGGACUCAUUGACAAGUUUCCGCUGUUCACUGCCGUGUAUCAGAUCUGCUAUGAAGGCAGACCCGUGGCAGAGAUGCUGGCCUGUCUCCAGAGCCAUCCAGAACACAUCUGAAGUGAGCUGUGCCGCAGACGGGCCGCCUUCUGCCUCUCCCAUAUUGGCUUUGUGUGGAGACCAGGACUUGGCAACAGGGCAGCGUUGGCUUGGCUGUGCUCCCAUCGCCGAUCCGGAUGAAGAGUUGCAGGGUGUUCUUGAAUCAUGAGAGGCAGUCCAUUGACAGCAGCCGCACACACGUGUGGACAUGUGGACAUGUGUGUGCUCCUUGUCCUUCUGUGGAUCUUUCUAUGAGCAACAUGAGAUAUCCUUUUCAGUGAUGGUAACCUGUAAGAUUGCAGCCGUGUCAGCUGAAAGGCUUAGGUGUGACUUGUGUGCGUUUGAAUGGGGGGGUUAUUUCUUGUCAUUCUUCUGUUGAUAAACCUGACCAGCCUCAAGAUGGUAUGUAUGCUGAAGACAAAGUCACCACGCUGAACUUUUAAACACUAUCUCAAGGGCAGCAAAACGACUUGAUUGUGGGCUGAUCUUUCUUUUAACAAGUAGAUAUUUUUAACAAGAUAAUCCCCAUGUGCAGUUUCCUCUCACUGAAGUCUCCUGCAUUUUAGGCUCUUUGUCUUCAGUGCUUUUGUCCAGACCCAGCAACAGCAGAGCACAGGAAGCUCACCUGGGAUUCUCCUGUCCUAGCCAACAAGUUCCCUGGGGGCAGACCCUUUCCUGUGCUGUGUGAGGUUGGACUUGUCUGCUGGUGUCUCUCGGAAGGGACAGUGCUCACCUGGACUGGACCUGGAGCUGGGCACUGUGUCCUCCACCCUGCCAAGGCAUGAGACCACCAAGACAUCACUGGGCUGUGUGACCUCCAGUGAAUUGCUUGUAGAAAAGCCCUGGGCUUUGUGUGGGUGAGGGUCUUCAUAGCCACUACUCCAAGUGGGCUUGAACCAGCAGCAUCAGUGUUGUCUUGAUUCCUAGGCCAGCCCCCUCCCAGGCCCCUGCAGUGGCCUCUGGGUCAACAACUGCCUUCCAUGUGUUUCCCAUGCUUGCUCUGACUUGAGAACCACUACGUUUGCUUCAUUAAGUUGAUUUUAGGCAUGUGCCGAUGGCUCACGCCUGUAAUCCUAGCUACUUAGGAGGCUGAGAUCUGAGGAUCGCAGUU